AUGCUGUUAUCACAACAUUAUCAUUCAAUUAUUCCUUACUUAUCUUCGUUAAAGGAUGCCCAAAACUUUUCUUUAAUUAACAAGAAAGCUCUUAGUUCAAUACAAUCAUUAGAGGAAAAUCCUUGUUAUUCUGUUGUGUUUAAUGGUAAAAAAUUACCAGCAAAAACCUCUUCAUUGAAACAAGAAUUACUUUUGUUCAAAGGUAUUCACUGUUUUAAUUGUGGUAAUCGAAUAGAACAGUUAAUAACUGAAUGUUCUCGAUUUUCUAGUAUCAGACAUUCAAACGGACAUAUUCCAAUUCAAUUAGAAAAUAAAGUGAUUCAAUCAACAUAUAUUCCAGAAUGUCCUUCACACUUUUCACAAUUACAAAUUAUUAACACAGUCUUUCCAAGUGAUAUAUCUCGACUCUUAGAAUUUUCAUGUCUGAAGAAAGUAGUAAUUUUCAUUACCGAAGAUGAAGUAAUUUCACAAUUGUAUCAAACUGUUGUAUCUUUAUCUCCUUCUAUCAAAGUUAUUCUUCACUUUACCACAUUGAGUAAAGACUCACUCAAACUACUUCAACAAACAAACGCUUAUUUAGUUAGUUCUGACUGGAGAAAUUUUAUCUGUUAUAAAACUGAUAAAUUUAUUUGUUAUUUAUCUGAAUUAGAUACUCUAUGUUUUAAACGAAUAAAACAAUUUCUUCCUCAUUCAAUUGAAAUUUAUUCAGAACCAACAUUUCUUAUACCAGUUAAUGAAUGUAAAGAUGUCAAUAAAAUUUAUUCAUUAAAAGAAUUUGAUGGAAUUCAAAAAGUGAGUCUUAAUGGAAUUUAUACUAAAGGAAUUACUAUUGAAUUACCCAUGACUAUUACUGAAUUAAAUUCUGAUUUUAAUAUAUUAAAUCUUAUUGAUUUAACUCAAUUAAGAAAUGCUACAUUAAAAUGGAUACCUGAAAUAUUAAACCUUCCUUUAUUAAACACAAUAAAAUUAAAUAAUUGUGAAUGUAUAAUUGAUCUUCAUCAAUGUUGUUCAUUAGAAAAUGUACAAAUAGAAAAAUGUUCAAGUCCAUUAAUCAUUUUAUCUUCUUCAAUUAAAUUCUUAGUUGUUGAAUAUUGUAAAUUUAUUAAUUCACUUACUCUUCCAUUAUCAAUUGAAAAAUUUGUGAUAAAAGACUGUUUUUCAUUAACAGAACUUAAAAAUUCUUCAGUAGUACAACCAAUUGGUGUAACAAUAAAAAAUUGUAAUUCAUUAAAGAAUGUAAUUUUAAAUUAUAAUAAAUAA